CCCAAGAUUAUACUAGAGCAAAAGCCACUCCCAUCCUUGGGCUCUCUUUCUCUCUUCUCUAGCGAAACGGGCCGACCGAAACUGCCGGGAUGGGAGCGGAGGCUAACGCCGCGGAGCAGACUCCAGCGCCUCAGACGACGCCCGAGAACGUCGAGGCCUUGCUUGAGGCAGCCAGAUAUGAUGACAUUGAUGAUGUUAAAAGCUUAGCUUCUUCUGGAGUUUCUCUUGAUUCCAAGGAUUCGCAGGGCCGAACAGCACUUCAUAUGGCUUCAGCGAAUGGGCAUAUUGAGAUUGUCGACUAUCUUAUUGGAAAUGGAGUGGAUGUUAAUGCUUCAAAUAUAGAGAAGAACACGGCUCUUCACUGGGCUUGCCUCAACGGCCACAUUGAGGUGGUUAAGAAAUUGGUUUUAGCAGGGGCAAGCGUAUCAGUUCUAAACAGCCAUGAGCGGACACCAAUGGACGAAGCAGUGAGUAACGGGAAGCUGGACAUCGUUGAUGCGAUUAACACUGCAGUGGCACAAGUUGAACUUAGCAGCACGAGGGUUUCCUGAUAUGGGUCGGUAGUACUUCAAAAGAAAAGAUGGUAAACUUUGAAGUGUAGUUUUAUAAAUCUUUUUAUCUCCUUUUGCAUAUUACAAGCAUUAGUUCAAAAUCUCUGCUGAGUUAAUAUUUAUAGUAGACAAAGUCAUGUUGGUAAUACAACUCUGCAUUUAAAAUCAAUGACAGGCUGCCAAUGCCAUAGCCCUCUGUUGUUUUCUUUC